UCCAGAGUUUGUGCAAUCUUGAAUCAAUUUCAGGUUUUCAAUGGAGACCCCCUCAUCAACAAGAAGAGUCACCAGAUCUCAAGCCUCGGCUGCUCUUACUAACAAUUCUAACGGCAUCAGCCUCAUCAACAACAUCCCAGUUUCGAGAAAGACAGAAGAUUCUGAGAAGGCUCUGACAAAAUCAAGGCAAAGAAACGGGAAGCAGCAAGACCGAUCGGUCCUUAUCGAUAUAACGAAUGAUUCUCCAAUUGUGGGGCUCGCAGGCGGCAAUCUCAAGACGCCGUCUUCUUCCAUUGUGAAGCAGAAGGUCAAGAACACGCCGGGAUCCGGAGAGGCUCUGCUCAGGGGUCAGGUCAAGACCCUCUUGCAGAGGGUGGAAGAAGAAGCAGUACUUUCGAAAAUAUCGCUGGAAAGUCGUCCCUUUCUUCAACUUGUGAAUUCCCCCUCGGGAGUGGUUGCUCCGACUCCCGCUAAUACUCCCCAAAUCUCCAAUCUCUCCGGCGAAGCUUCAGUGACACCUCAGGCAAUCGAGGAACAUUCAGUUUCUCAGGUCGUGAAUCAAGGGAGCCCUGACUCCGAUAAAAACCAGAUAACCAGAUCGCUCCUGAUGGAUUUUUCAGACAAAUCGGAAAUAUCGGAUCUAUCAGAAUGCUCCUCUGAGCUGACAUAUCAGGAAGUAGUAGGAGGAGGUAAAGACAAGCCCGCUGCAGAAGAUGAUGAUGCAUCCAUCUGGUCAAUACAGGUGAAUGCAAGCACACACGACGAGGAUGAGGAGGAAGUGGCUGAAGAGGAGGAGGAGGACGAAGAGUAUUAUGAUGAGGAUGAAGAAUAUGAUGACGGAGGCUUGGUCGACGAACUGUGUGAAGGGUUGAACAAGAUCAGUGUGAACGAGAGGGCAGUUCCCAAGUUCGAGGGAAAACACACGAGAUUUGUUUACAACAGUGAUGAUGAGCUUGUAGGGGAAGAAGAAGAAGAAAAGGAAAAUGAAGAGGCAUCGCCCAGCGUGCUGCACCUCAAGGGCUUGCCAACCCCAAAAGGAAAGCACCUUCGCUUUCCAGAGGAGGAAGCAGAACCAGAAGACAAAGCGGAUAUGGCUUUGUGAUGAUCAACUGAGGUUGUAAUUGGUUGUCUUUCUUGUUGUGGCCCAGGUUUUUGUCUGUCGGAGUUUGCUGGUUCGUUUGUUUUUCUUUUGUCUCUACUUGGAAGCCUCCCAAGUUUUGAUAGGGACCACACAUGGCGUGGUCUGAAUAUUCCAAUAAUUGAUUUUUUUUUUCAGCUUUCGAAUUACUUGCCAUAUCCCAUUGUCAUUUUUUGCUGUGGAUAUGAUAAUUCACAUCCAAGCAAUCCUUUUUCGCAGAAUCAACCAUCACCGUCAAUUAAUAUCAACAUUAAAAUAUAUGAACGAAUU